ACCAGGCUGGGCUGGGUGGGGCCGCAGAGCUGGUCUCCUCGGUUCCGCCCCUCUCGUCACUGCACUUGCGCAGCGCUGCCCUCCGGCACCCGCCUUCGCGAAGAGCCCGCGUCCGUGAAAUAUGGCCCACGCGCCGCGCCGUCUGUUUCCAGGGCAACCGCAGCGCCUCCGCUCCACGGCGCGCGCAGUCUGGGUGGGCUGCCUGCCUCCCCCCCUCUGCCAUGGCUGCCGCGAGUCCCAGCGUCUUCCUGCUCAUGGUCAACGGACAGGUAGAGAGCGCGCAGUUUCCUGAGUAUGAUGAUCUCUACUGCAAGUACUGCUUUGUGUACGGCCAGGACUGGGCCCCCACGGCGGGCCUGGAGGAAGGCAUCUCCCAGAUCACAUCCAAGAGCCAGGACGUGCGGCAGAUGCUGGUGUGGAACUUCCCCAUUGACGUCACCUUCAAAAGCACUAACCCCUAUGGCUGGCCCCAGAUCGUGCUCAGCGUUUAUGGACCAGAUGUGUUCGGGAAUGAUGUGGUCCGAGGAUAUGGGGCAGUACACGUGCCUUUCUCACCUGGCCGGCACAAGAGGACCAUCCCCAUGUUUGUCCCAGAAUCUACAUCCAGACUACAACAGUUUACAAGCUGGUUCAUGGGACGGCGACCUGAGUACACAGACCCCAAGGUGGUAGCUCAGGGUGAAGGCCGGGAAGUGACCCGAGUACGCUCCCAGGGCUUUGUCACUCUCCUCUUCAACGUGGUGACCAAGGACAUGAGGAAGCUGGGCUACGACACUGGGCCUCCGGACACACAGAGCAUCCUGGGGCCCAGUCCACCCCAGGGCCUCCCCUGAAGGCGCCAGUCCCCCACCAGCAAGUCUUGCUGGGCAGUCGAGCAGACCAAGCAGCUCUCAGAUAACGCCUGGGCUGUCCUGGGGGGUCGGCCACCAGCUGCCUGGACUGCAGCUUGGGGGCGGGGACAGGAGUGGGGAGAUGCUUUUAUAUAAUAAAAUGGUGACUUUUCAUAGUGCCCGGGCCUCAGGCUGCCCCUCUCCCCUCACUGGACCAGCACCUCCCCUCCAUCUGCUGACCUAUGGGCUCACUCCAACCCUGCAGGGCAAUUGCCCGGGACAGAAGCCGCCAGUCAGCGGGCCAGAAUGGCCAGUUAGGGUGAGCUCCUGUGCUUAACUGGCUCUGCCACUCACACUCACAGCUGUGACUCUCUACACCUCUGCACGCCUCUAAGUUGGGAUAUCCACCUGGGAGGCUUUGCGAGUGCAACAGUCACUUGUGAGCCAUGUUCCAUGAGCGCCAUCUCAGCCAGUAGGAGCUGCAGGGAGAGGCCCCAGCCUACCCUGGGCCUGAUCCCAGAGGGAGGCUGGGCCCAGAGGUGGGAAACUGCAGCAAUCAGCUAUCCAGCAUGCCUCAGCAGGAGAGGAAGAUGAACUAGGGCCCCUAGCACAGUCCUCAGGAUUCCACUGCAGUGGUCUCCCUCCCCAUGCCACUUCCCUGCACACCUGCAGCGUGAGCCUGAGCCCCCUCCUC